AUUUUGUAGACACACAUGGUGCGAGGUGUGGUUAGGGUGGAGUGUGUUAAAGGAAAGGAGAUCACGCUGUGUCUGUGUGUACGUAAUAAACUGCAUAAGAGAGAGAAGAAACUAGGAAAAACAGGAAGCAAGUCAUGAACACAGCAGGAGAACCACAGGACAUGGAUGGAGAGAUAGACGUAGACAAAACAUCUGACUCCGAAUCUGAUUCAAAAUCAGAAUCUGACUCCGAAUCUGAUUCAAAAUCAGAAUCUGACUCUGAAUCUGAGAGCAGCACAGGAUCUGGCAGUGAGAGUGAGAACAACAGCCCAAAGGACGGAAAACAAGGGGAAAAAAGGAAACGUAACUGUAAACAGAUAAAGCCAUCUUCCAUCUGUACAAACAAGAAGAGAAAAGCCGAAGACUCCACCCUGUAUUCCAGAGAAACAUUUGGAAACAAAUCUGAAGUUCCUGUCACAUGUGGAGAUAAAGACGGCGUCCUGCAUGUGGAGAAAUAUAAUGGCAUGGAGAAGUGCAUCUUCAGCGAAGGCCAGUGGUUCAAGCCCAACGAAUUUGAGAGGUUCGGAGGAAAGGAGAGAUGCAAAAAAUGGAAGACCAGCAUCGUCAGUGAUAAUAUUCCUCUCCAGAAACUCAUAGAGGCUGGACUUCUGUCAUCCUUUAAACCAAGCCGGGUUAAGAAUAAACAGAUUGAUACUCCUGAAUCCUCACCUGUUGCUGUAAGACUCAGAAAAAGAAAGUGUCAGAGUACGCUCUUGCCCUCCUGCUCUGAAUCAAAUGGCAGGAACGAUAAUGACAAUGGAGGAGUUGUUGAAGAGAAUGAUGAAGAUAUCAUUGACAUGAGCGUGUUUGAAGGUCCAACCCUACCUGUUACCUGUGGUUCUGGCUCUGGCGUCCUACACAAAUACCGCUUUGCCACAGGGCACUGUGGGAGAUGCAUAAGAACAGAAGACUUCUGGCAGACACCGGAGGAUUUCAUCAGAGACAACAAACCAGAAGGAGCAUGGAGAAAAGACAUUUUAUCCAGUGGGGUACAUCUGGGAAAACUUAUAAAGAAAAAUGUUUUGGAAAUGCAUACGCUAAAUUGCGAUUGUGAGAACUGUAAAGACUUGGAUCAAUACCUAAAUGAUGACGUGUGUUUCAUCUGUGACUCUGAGGGAGAUCUCGUGUGUUGUGAUGAGUGUCCACGAGCUUUUCAUUCACACUGUCACCUACCAGCGGUACCUGAAGACUCACCUGGGAGCCAGUGGAGCUGCACGUUUUGUGUGAUGAAGAAGAUGAAAAGUUCCAGUCAAAAUACCCAACAGGAAGUUUUGAGCAGUCCAGUCCUUUACCAAAGACAAGAGUCAUAACCUUUUUGUUUUUUUGCCAUCCUAUUUUUAUAUUGUUGUUGUUGUAACUUUUUAAGAACUGAAUCUGAUUUU